AUGAAAGAGUCUAUAAAAGCUUAUGAGUGCCAAAUUAUAACUGUUUCCUUCGAAGAUUUACCCUGGAUUACUGAAUCAACGCAGGAGGGAAUUAAUCAACCUAGCUUCCCUCAACAUGACAUAGGAACAUUAGCUUUUUACCCAAUAAUUAGUUCUAAUUAUUGGUUUGAAAAACUUUUUGCCAGGGGUAUUAAAACUACCCAACUACGUAUUAAGGAUCUUCAAAAAGAAGACCUUAAAGAAGAAAUAAGAACAGUAAUUAAGAUUACUGAGAAAUAUAAAGCUAAGCUAUUUAUUAAUGAUUACCAGGAAUUGGCGAUGCAACAUAAUGCAUAUGAUAUACACUUGAGACAAGAAGAUCUAGCGAAUACUGAUUCUAAAGCUAUCGUACAAACUAACAUCAGGUUAGAAAUAAGCACUCAUGGCUAUUAUGAAUUAGCGAGAUCUUAUGCUCUAAGACCUUCUUGUAUCUCUUUUGGCCCAAUUUCUCCAACUACUUCUAAGCAAAUGCCUUUUACUCUACAAGGGAUUUUUAAUUUGCAGCAUUGGCGUAAACUAUUAAAAUAUCCGUUGGUUGCUGUUGGACGAGUUUCUAUCGAUAAGUUACCGCCCAUAUUGGCAGGCUGGGUAGGUGGAAUUACUGUUAUUUCUGCUGUAUUAAGCGAUCUAGAUCCAGAGCAAGUUGCUUUAAAAUUUUUAAAAGCUUGUAAACAAGCAUUUUUAUUAAGACGAAAACAAGGUGAUUAUGAUCGAUUAUAA